CUUUACAAGUCAUUAUGGUUAAAAAGGUUGUUGAUUCCCGUGUGCAUACACUUAUCAAGAAUUGUGUACAAACCAAGCACAGAUCUUUCUUUGUCGUAGUUGGUGACAAAGGAAAAGAUCAGAUUGUCAACUUGCAUUGGCUUUUAUCUCAAGCUCAGGUCACUUCUCGCCCUUCUGUUUUAUGGUGUUACAAAAAAGAACUUGGCUUCACCAGUCAUCGUAAGAAGCGUGAAAAUAAGAUCAAGAACGAUAUCAAGCGUGGCAUCAGAGACGUCAACAAGGAAGAUCCCUUCGAACUUUUCAUCACAGUCACCAACAUUCGUUAUGCCUACUACAAAGAAACUCAAAACAUUCUCGGUAACACUUACGGAAUGUGUAUUCUCCAAGAUUUUGAAGCUAUCACUCCCAACACCUUAGCUCGUACCAUUGAGACUGUUGAAGGUGGAGGUAUGGUUGUCCUUUUAUUGAAGAGUAUGAACUCUCUUAAGCAACUCUAUACUAUGACUAUGGAUGUUCAUAGCAGAUAUCGAACUGAAGCUCACAGCGAUGUCAUUGCUCGUUUCAACGAACGUUUUAUUUUAUCACUUGGAUCAUGCGAGACUUGUUUAGUUGUUGACGACGAAUUAAAUGUUUUGCCUAUCAGCAUGGGUAAGAACGUCAAACCUUUAGCCAUCAAGCAAUCCGACGAGCAAACUGCCGAGGAGAUUGAACUUAAGGAAUUGAAGGAAUCCUUGGUUGAUACCGAGCCUGUUGGAUCUCUUGUAAAGUGUACUCGUACUAUCGAUCAAGCCAAGGCUGUCUUGACUUUCAUUGAAGCAAUUUCUGAAAAGUCUCUUCGCAGUACUGUUGCCUUGACUGCUGCUCGUGGUCGUGGUAAAUCUGCUGCUCUUGGUAUUGCCAUGGCAUCUGCUGUCGCCUAUGGUUAUUCCAACAUUUUUGUAACAUCACCCAGUCCUGAGAAUUUAAACACCUUAUUUGAAUUUGUUUUCAAGGCUUUUGAUGCCCUCGGUUAUGAAGAACAUCUUGAUUAUGAUAUUGUCCAAUCCACCAAUCCCGAAUUUAACAAGGCCAUUGUUCGUGUCAAUAUCUUUAAGCAACAUCGUCAAACUAUUCAAUACAUUCAACCCCAAGAUGCUCAUGUUCUUGGUCAAGCUGAACUUUUGGUUAUUGAUGAAGCUGCUGCUAUUCCCUUGCCCUUGGUUAAGAAGUUGUUAGGUCCUUAUCUUGUUUUCAUGGCCUCCACCAUCAAUGGUUAUGAAGGUACCGGUCGCUCUCUCUCUCUUAAGUUGAUCCAACAAUUGCGUGAGCAAUCCCAAGGUAUCACAACUACUAAGAAGGAUGACGAUUCCGAAGGUAUUGUUGUCGGUCGUGAUCUUCAAGCUAAGAAGGUUGAAGGUGCUAGUACUUCAUUAGGUGGACGUACAUUGAAGGAAGUUAAGCUUGAGGAGCCUAUUCGUUAUGCUCCCAACGAUCCCGUUGAAAAGUGGUUAAACAAGGUUCUCUGUUUAGAUGCUACUGUUGUUUCAAAGAACAUUCAAGGAUGUCCCCAUCCUUCUGAAUGUGAGCUUUUCUAUGUAAACCGUGAUACACUCUUUUCCUACCAUCCUGUUUCUGAGACUUUCUUGCAACGUAUGAUGUCUCUUUACGUUGCCAGUCAUUACAAGAACUCCCCCAACGAUUUACAAUUAAUGAGUGAUGCGCCUGCUCAUCAUUUGUUUGUCUUGCUUCCUCCUGUCAAAGAAAACAGCACCAGUUUACCCGAUCCUUUGGUUGUUGUUCAAGUUUGUCUUGAAGGUGAGAUCUCUCGUCAAAGUGUUAUUAACUCUCUUUCUCGUGGUCAACGUCCUUCUGGUGAUAUGAUUCCUUGGCUCAUUUCUCAACAAUACCAAGAUGAUGAUUUCGCUAGUCUUUCUGGUGCUCGUAUUGUCCGUAUUGCCACACAUCCUGAUUACGCCAAGAUGGGUUAUGGUUCCAGAGCUCUUGAACUCAUUACUUCUUUCUACCAAGGAAAGACCAACAGUAUGUCCGAGUCCACCAGUGCUGAUGACGAUGCUCUCCCCCGUGUCGAAGAUCACGAAUUUGAUAAUGUUGAUAUCAAGACAGAUCAGGUCAAGGUCCGUGAUCCCCGCAAGAUGCCUCCUCUUCUUACCAAAUUGAGUGACAAGCGUGCUCAGCGUCUUGAUUACCUUGGUGUAUCUUAUGGUCUUACACCUUCUCUUCAUAAAUUCUGGAAGCGUGCUGGUUUCGUUCCUCUUUACAUGCGUCAAACUGCCAACGAUUUGACAGGUGAACACACCUGUGUCAUGAUUAAGGCUUUGACUGACACUGAAGAUUCUCGUGUUGCUAAUUCUGCAUGGCUUGAUGCUUUUGCUCGUGAUUUCUCCAAGCGUUUCCUCAACCUUUUAUCUUACAACUUCCGUGACUUUACUGCCGUCAACGCACUUAGUAUUAUUGAUGCUGCCAAGCAAGGUCAAGAUCAAGAAGCGGAGGGAGGUCGUGAUCUCAACAAGAACUCAUUGGGACUUUUCUUCACACCUUAUGAUUUAAAGCGUCUUGAAUCUUACUCUAACAAUAUGCUUGAUUACCAUGUUAUUAUCGAUAUGAUUCCCACCAUUGCUGAACUUUAUUUCAGAGGCGAGAUGCCUGCUGAUAUCAAGCUCUCUGGUGUUCAAAGUGCUAUUUUGCUCGGUAUUGGUCUUCAACGUAAAUCCAUUGAUGAACUUCAAAAGGAACUUUCUUUGGCCAGUAACCAAGUACUUGCUCUGUUUGUUAAGAUUAUCCGAAAGAUGUCACAAUACUUUGCCAAGGUGGAAGCCAAGGCUUAUGAAGAGACUGUUCCUUCUAUCAAGCAAUCAAAGAAUGCUAAUGAAGCUAGCGGUAAGCGUGAUGCGGGUGAUGAUGAAGCUUGGAAGCCCUUGAAGGACGACGUCGAUGCCGAUUUAGAGAAGGCUGGUGAUGAAGUAAUGGGAGAGAUGAAGGCGAAGCAAAGAGAGUUGAUUGAUUCUCUUGAUUUAACAAAGUACGCCAUUGGUGGUAAAGAAGAGGAUUGGAGUCCUGCUGAGGACCGUGUGAAGGCUAUUGCUGCAGGCAAGAAGGUUGACAUGAGUUCUGUUGUUAGCGUCAAGAAUGAGAACUCUUCAAAGAAGAGAAAGGCUGAAAGUGCUAAGGCAAUGUCUGAUAAAGAAAAGAACCGCAACAACGGAAAAGUAAAGUUGUCCAAAAAGGCCAAACGCUCAUAGACUAUUAUUUCAAAUAUCAUUUUUUUUCCCCCAAUGUUUCAUUUUUCUCUUUCUCUCCCUCUUGUAAUAAAUCUCGUAAUAUAUUUUCUCAUUAA